GGUACGAGUUGACUAGCUCCCAUGUCAUGUACGGUCGUUAGUCGUACCCUUCUUAGGUAAUCUAGCAGAAAAUUGCGUCUGUUUUGCUUUGUUCCUCACUGUUUACCUUGUGAACAGCACUUCCUUCAGCAGUUACACAUUAAGUGAACAAAUGGCGCUCAGACUCAAUCCCCAGCUAUUGCAGAAGAUGAAUAAUGAAGAAAAGGCAGUAGUUACUGACGUUACUACAAAGUAUUUACUUUAUUUUACUUUCCCAUUGGGGUUGGGAUGUUUGCUUGGAAUUCGUCAACUUAUCAAGAUUGGUUAUAUGUCUCCAAAGUACAAAGUGUUCAAAUAUGGAGUUGGCGGAUUUACGUGCUUGAAUAUUGGCACAUUUCUAACGGAGAGGGAGAUCAACAGACGUCUGAUGGCCGAGCAGCCCAAUGGCCUGUAUAGCACCUUGAAGAAGUUAACAGAUGAGGAAAAGAUGCAGUAUAUCACUGUGAUGAGGAAGAAAGGAUUUGUGUAUCCUCAGGAGGUAUUCCCAGAAAAAUUUGCAGAUUCCGUCCAUGUAGAGCAGCAGACAACGACAGAAAGACCUGGUUCUGACGUCCAGAUGCCGCCCAGUUCAGGAAAUGUAUCCUCAAGUCCGUAUGGUGGUAUGCCUGGACUUGGUAGACAAGUGGAUACAGAUACUGAGGUAAAAGAGACAAAUAAACCAUCAUUCUCAUACCGAAUAGCACGCCAGAAAUACCAAUCAUCGGACAGUGAAGAAUCUAGCACUAUAUCAACCAACACUGAGCUCUCCAGUGACGAAACAACGCCGUCGCAACCACCUUCGCUGUCGCAACCACCUUCCAAAUUAAGACUCAGGAAAAAUAAAUAUGGAGAUGAGAUGGAGUAAAGAAGAAAUUGGAAUUUCCAAUUUGACUGCAGGAUUUCGGUUUAAUAUAAUAUGCAUCAAUUUUUAUAGCAAGAAGUUUUUGUGACAUGUUUUUGACAUAAUUGAGUGUUAUUUUUAUGUGUUAUAUAUGCAAACAAACAAUGGUAUAACUGGAA